AUGGCUGGGUUGAAGCCCCAGAUCUGUCCAGGGCUGACCCUGCCCAAGAUAAAGGGGAAGUGGGUUCCUGCAGUAGCCAGCUUCUUCUUCCUUCUGUCAGUGGCUAUGACUGGCUGCUUUCUAUGGCAGUAUCAUCUCAAGAAGGAGGACCUUGGCUCCUCUGAGAUGGCAGUGACUUCGGAACCUGUGAGGAUGUGUCCCCAAUAUCCAGAGCCUGUGCCCCUCCAGCAUCCCCUCCCAGUGUUGAAGGAGGCCCUGGAGAAGGUGGACAAGAUUCUACGGCAAACGAUGCUCACUUCCCCUGGCCUCACAGCCAUGUCUGCUGUGGUCAUCUACAAUGACACAGUGCUGUGGACUGGGAACUUUGGCUGGAAGAAUGGCUCAGACAGAGCCUCGGGGCCCCCCAGCGAAUAUACCAUCUACCGGAUUGCCAGCAUCUCCAAAAUCUUCCCCACACUUAUGCUGUACCGCCUGUGGGAGGAAGGCGUUGUGGCAUCCCUGGAUGACCCCCUCGAGCGCUACGCCCAAGGCUUCACUAUCAAAAACCCACUGGGAGCAGGACUGCGGCCAGUAUGGGGAAGCCUGAUGGAUGGGCUGGAGAAGGGGGUCCCAACCCUCAAACCUACCACAGUGACUCUCCGAAGAAUGGCCAGCCAACUUUCAGGGCUGCCCAGAAGACUCCGAUCGACUACCCUGCUGUGGCGGGGAAGCACUGAGGAAGCGCUGGCUCUCCUGAAGGAUGACGUUCUUGUGGCUGAUCCUGGAACCAGGUCUCUCCACUCUGAUUCCAGGUGUCAUUACAGCACGUUGGCCUUCUCCCUGCUGGCCCACGUGUUGGCCGGUCACACAGACAAUAAGGACUACCAGCACUGGGUGUCUGAGAACAUUUUAGAUCGGCUGGGGAUGGAGGACACAGGCUUCGACCUCGUGCCCUGGGUACAGGCCCGGAUGGCCGCAGGCUUCUACGGCAGUGGGCACCCUGCCCCACUCUAUGACCUCGGCUGGUAUCGGCCCUCCGGUCAGAUGUACUCCACACCUGCUGACUUGGCCAAGCUGGCAAUGGUGCUCCUUGGAAGUGCCCCUCAGGGCGUCUUGGCACCAGAUACACUUAAGACCAUGCUAACUCCUCUCCUCACCUGCCCUGGGACCUACUUUGCCAACCAGACAGGCACGCCAUGGGAGUUCCAUGCCCAGCGGGGCUAUAGCAUCGUCCGGAAGGAUGGGGACCUGGAUGGCUAUGCAGCUACCUUUUCGCUGGUCCCUCAGUUGAAGCUCAGCUUUAUCGUGCUCAUGGCUGGACCCCGUCCACCAGGGCCAGACCUGGUGACCCAAGUGUAUGAUGUCCUCAUCCCCGCCAUGGAGAUGGCCUUCCGGGAGGUGGAGGGGAGCCUGGCCCCGCCGCCCAGCCCAGGUCCUUACUUGGGCUUCUACACCUUUGCCAACCUAACCUUCUACGAGAUCCUCCUGGGGCCCUCAGGGGUCCUUUGCAUGCGGCAAUUUGGGCCCCGAGUGGAGCAGCUGAUCCCAGCCAAGUUCCGGACCCUAAAGUUGCACCACCUGCAGGGCAGGGUAUUCCAGGUGGUUGUGGACAAGGAGUUCCCUUGUGUGCUGCCCCUGGGGGCAGCCUGGCUUCCCUUGGAGAACCAGCAUGGCCAGCUGCUAAACUUUUACCCCUUUGACCAGAGGGGGCUAUCCCCAGGCUUCGACGCCCCUGGCUUGAACACGUACAAAGUCCUCCGGAUGGCCCAGAAGCCUGUCUUCAGCACUUCGGUUUGA